AACGAUGGUGAAGUAAAUCUAUAUCACAGGAUUCCUUAGCCCACAUGAUGUCCGCGUCUGUAUUCUGUCGCUGUACUUGCGGGAAUUUCUUACGAUUACCUGUCUACGGCGUGCGGGGAAGAGCAUGAGUAAGCUCCUUUCUUAACACGGCCGAAGAGUCAAUGGAUAGGCUCGCCGCCCGCUGCCCGCCCGAGCACGAGUACUUUUGCUUUGUUAAUGGUCGUCAGCGGUCUCUUGCAGCGAUUUACCACCAGCUGUUGUAAUAAAAGGAUCCGUGUCUCGAGAGGCUAUUCAGCAUUUCUAUGACAUGGCAGAUCUUAACAUGGCUACAGUGAUGUCGCUUUCUGGACGAGUGGGCCUUGUCACAGGCGGAGGAACAGGGAUAGGAUUUAGCAUUGCUAAAGCUUUUGCUGCAAACGGAGCCAAGGUAUAUAUCAUUGGCCGGAGGUCGGACGUGCUAGAAAGAGCCGCGGCAUCUGUUACAGGCGUCCCAGGAUCAAUUGUCCCACUCCAAAUGGACGUGACAGAUGAAGAAAGUGUCAAGGCUAGUUGCAAGCACAUCGAAGGAAUCGACGGCAAACUCGACAUUCUUGUCAACAAUGCCGGAAUUGGCGGUUCCCUUCGUGACGCAGACUUCAUCGCGAAGAAGUUCGCAGCCAUAGAUCCUUUUGAACCUGAGACGGUACAGAAUUGGACAGAUAUCUUUGCGCUCAACACGAUCGCGCCGUUCUUCGUAGUACGCGCAUUCCAAUCCCUCCUCGUCAAAGGAGCACAUUCCCGUCCCCGAGGCACGUCAAGCGUCAUCAACAUUAGCAGCGUAACAGCAAAGAUGAACAUAUCGUCGCCCAUAACUUGUAUCGCAUACAAUGUGACGAAAGCCGCAUUGGACAAACUCACUCUCAUUCUGGGGGCGAGCUUUGCUAGGACAGGUGUGCCGAUCCGAGUAAACGCGUUGGAGCCUGGCGCGUUCGCGUCGGAGAAGCUGAGUCCUGAGUUUUUGGAGGGUCUAAAGACGGAGCCAGUACCUGGGCAGGUCGCACCAAUACCUGCGAGGAGGCAUGGAACUGAUGCGGAGAUGGGGAUGACGGCGAUCUACUUGGCGGUUUCGGAUUAUACGAACGGAGCUAUUUUGAGUGUUGAUGGUGGAUUAUCGUUGGUCAAUCCUUGACUAAUUGAUUAUCCGCUGUAGGAGGUGCACGUAAUUAAUAUUAUUUUUAUCCUGGAGUGUUACAGAGAGGGAAAUAAGCUGAAGGAUUUUGCUGGAUAUCAGGCUUCUUUCAACAGGUGUUGGGGGUGUUGGG